AUGGAGACAGUCAACGUGUUAAACGAUCGAACGGGAAAGUAUGAAAAAGCAAUAGAAAAUUUAAAACAAGCACGUGAUAUUAAAUUAAAAUCUAUACCGGAAAAUGCUCUUUUUAUGGCAUCAACAUAUAACAAUAUUGCAAUGGUCUACAGACAUAAACUAGCCUACGAACUUUCACUAGAAUACUACAAUAAAGUACUUAACAUUGAACUCGAAUCUUUACCAGAGCUACAUCCAAAUAUUGCUUCAACUUAUAAUAAUAUCGCAUUAUUGUUAAAUCAAUUAAAUCGUUAUGAUGAAGCAUUAGAUAAUUAUAUGAAAGCAUUGAAAAUUGAAGAAAAAUCAUUACCAUCGAAUCAUUAUCAAAUUGGAACAGCAUAUAACAAUAUAGCACUACUUUAUAAUAAUAUUAAUGAUCAUAUAAAAGCUUUAGAUUUUUAUGAAAAAUCAUUGACUAUAUUUUGUAAUACUUUAGAACAUGAUCAUCCACCAAUUGCAUCGAUUUAUUAUAACAUGGGAGAUGUACAUUAUAAACUUGGAAAUAAUGAUACAGCUAUGCAUUAUUUCCAAAAAGCACUUGAUAUACGACUAAAAUCUCUUCCAAAUGAUCAUAUCGAUCUUGCAGCUACAUUAAAUAGUAUCGGUGUGAUUUAUUUAAUUCGAGAAAAUUUUACUGAUGCACUUAAACAUUGUGAACAAGCAGUUAAAAUACAAUUGAAGUCAUCUCAAAAUAAUCAUCCAGAUUUAGCUAAUAUACAUUUUAAUCUUGGUAGAAUUAAUUUAAAAUUAAAUCAAUACGAUAAAGCAUUAGAACAUUUUCAUGCAUCUCAAACAAUCAUGACUAAAAUCUAUAAAGAUGAUCAUCAUGAUCUUGAGCUAUUAUAUUUUCAUAUUGGUAAUACUUAUCUCUUACUUGAGAAUUAUCAAAAAUCAAUUGAGUAUUGUGAAAAAUCUCUUCAACAUCAACUGAAAAAACCUAAUUCAGACAAAGAUCAUUUAGUAACAAUAUACAAAUGUAUGGGACUAGCUUUCAAUAAACUAGGCAAAUAUGUUGAGUCAACAAAAAAAUUUAAAAAAGCAUUCGAAAUUCAAUCAGAAUUACAAAAUCAACUUGAAAUGAUAGAAAUCAUUGCACGUCUUGGAGAAAACUAUCAUAAACAAUCUAAUUACACAGAAGCAUUGAAAAAUUGUAAAAAAGCAAUUGAAAUUCAAUCCAAUUUGUCUCCAAUCAAUAAUAUCAACUUAACAACAUUGUAUAGCAAUAUAGCAUAUGCAAAUUUAGCUAAUCAAAACUAUCAAGAAGCAAUUGCAUGUUUCAAAACUGUACUUGAUUUACAAUUCAAAUAUUUAUCACUUAAUGAUCCAAAUAUUAUACGAAUAUAUAAUAAUAUUGGUUCUAUUUAUCGUCAACUUAAUGAUUAUGAUACUGCAUUAGAAAUUUUUACAAAAGUAACUGAAGUAGAAAAAUUUUUACAAAUGAAUUCUUUCGAAUAUACAAAAAUAUUAAAUAAUAUUGGAUUUAUAUAUUGUCAACAAGAAAAAUUAACAAAUGCAUUACAUCAUUUUCAAAAGGCAUUAGAGAUUCAAUUAAUAUUGAAUGACAUACAACCAGAAGAUAUAGCUGUUACAUAUAAUAAUAUUGCAAGUAUAUAUUUAAGACAAAAUAAAUUUGAUUUAGCAUUUGUCAAUGCUAAAAAAAGUACUUGA